AUGAACUCGCCCGUGGACCCCGGCGCUAGGCAGGCGCUGAAGAAGAAGCCUCCCGAGCGGACCCCCGAGGAUUUAAAUACUAUUUAUUCUUAUCUUCAUGGAAUGGAAAUACUAUCAAAUCUCAGGGAACAUCAGCUUAGAUUAAUGUCUGCAAGAGCACGCUAUGAGAGAUACAGUGGCAAUCAAAUUCUGUUUUGUUCAGAAACUGUUGCCCGAUGUUGGUAUAUCCUGCUUUCUGGAUCUGUGCUUAUGAAAGACUCCAUGGUCUUGCCUCCUUGCAGUUUUGGUAAGCAGUUUGGAGGAAAAAGAGGAUGUGAUUGUCUUGUAUUAGAGCCUUCAGAAAUGAUUGUGGUAGAAAAUUCCAAAGAUAAUGAAGAUAGUAUUCUACAAAGAGAAAUUCCUGCCAGACAGUCUCGACGAAGGUUUCGGAAAAUUAAUUAUAAAGGAGAGCGCCAAACCAUUACCGAUGACGUGGACAUUAACAGCUAUCUUUCUCUUCCAGCCGAUCUUACCAAGAUGCACAUCACAGACAACCCUCAUCCACAGGUGACUCACGUGUCUUCUAGUCAGUCUGGUUGUAGUAUCGCCAGUGACUCUGGGAGCAGCAGUUUAUCUGAUAUCUACCAGGCUACAGAAAGUGAGGUAGGAGAUGUAGAUUUAACACGUCUUCCAGAAGGACCUGUUGAUUCUGAAGAUGAGGAAGAGGAAGAUGAAGAGAUUGAUCGAACAGAUCCACUACAGGGGCGAGAUCUUGUUCGAGAAUGUCUUGAGAAAGAACCUGCAGACAAAACUGAUGAUGACAUUGAACAGUUACUGGAGUUUAUGCACCAGCUCCCUGCUUUUGCAAACAUGACCAUGUCUGUAAGGAGAGAACUCUGCUCAGUAAUGAUUUUUGAAGUGGUAGAGCAGGCCGGAGCUGUUAUUCUGGAAGAUGGGCAAGAGCUUGACUCAUGGUAUGUUAUUUUAAACGGCACUGUAGAAAUCACUCAUCCAGAUGGAAAAGUUGAAAAUCUCUUUAUGGGAAAUAGUUUUGGAAUUACUCCCACUCUGGAUAAGCAGUAUAUGCAUGGAGUUGUUAGGACUAAAGUAGAUGAUUGUCAGUUUGUCUGCAUAGCCCAGCAGGAUUAUUGGAGAAUUUUAAAUCAUGUGGAGAAAAACACCCAUAAAGUUGAGGAAGAGGGAGAAAUUGUUAUGGUACAUGAACACCGUGAACUAGAUCGGAGCGGAACCAGGAAAGGACACAUUGUAAUCAAGGCAACACCUGAACGUCUCAUCAUGCAUUUAAUAGAAGAGCAUUCCAUCGUGGACCCAACUUAUAUAGAAGAUUUCCUACUAACUUAUAGAACAUUUCUUCACAGUCCUUUGGAUGUUGGGAUCAAACUGUUGGAAUGGUUUAAAAUUGACAGCUUAAGGGAUAAGGUAACACGGAUUGUGUUAUUAUGGGUAAACAAUCACUUUAAUGAUUUUGAAGGUGAUCCUGCUAUGACUCGAUUUCUGGAGGAAUUUGAAAAAAAUCUGGAAGAUACAAAAAUGAAUGGUCAUCUCCGGUUAUUGAAUAUUGCCUGUGCUGCAAAGGCCAAGUGGAGGCAGGUUGUGCUGCAAAAGGCUUCCCGGGAGUCCCCUCUGCAUUUCAGCCUUAAUGGAGGAAGUGAGAAGGGAUUUGGUAUUUUUGUUGAAGGAGUAGAACCCAGUAGCAAAGCUGCUGAUGCGGGACUGAAACGUGGUGAUCAGAUAAUGGAAGUAAAUGGACAAAACUUUGAGAACAUUACAUUUGCGAAGGCCGUUGAAAUUUUAAGGAAUAAUACUCACCUUGCACUUACUGUGAAGACCAACAUUUUUGUGUUCAAAGAGUUACUUAGUAGGACUGAACAAGAAAAAUAUGGAGUUCCUCAUAUUCCUAAAAUUGCUGAAAAAAAAAGUAAUCGCCAUUCAAUCCAGGAUGUACCAGGAGAUAUCGAACAGACAUCACAGGAGAAAGGAAAUAAGAAAAUAAAAGCAAAUACUGUUUCAGGUGGAAGAAACAAAAUCAGGAAAAUUUUGGAUAAAACACGGUUUAGUAUCCUGCCUCCAAAACUGUUCAGUGAUGGAGGCCUGAGCCAGUCACAAGAUGACAGCAUUGUGGGAACAAGACACUGCAGGCACAGUCUGGCUAUAAUGCCUAUUCCUGGAACACUCUCUUCCAGCAGCCCUGAUCUCCUGCAGCCUACCACCAGCAUGUUGGAUUUUUCUAAUCCUUCAGAUAUUCCUGAUCAAGUUAUAAGAGUUUUCAAAGCAGAUCAACAAAGUUGCUACAUUAUCAUCAGUAAAGACACUACAGCUAAAGAAGUUGUUUGUCAUGCUGUUCAUGAAUUUGGUUUGACUGGUGCAUCUGACACAUAUUCUCUCUGUGAAGUUUCUGUUACUCCUGAGGGUGUCAUAAAACAGAGAAGACUUCCGGACCAGUUCUCCAAAUUAGCUGAUAGAAUUCAGCUCAAUGGAAGGUAUUAUUUAAAAAAUAACAUGGAAACAGAAACUUUAUGUUCAGAUGAAGAUGCCCAAGAACUAGUUAAGGAAAGCCAACUGUCCAUGCUGCAGCUCAGUACCAUUGAGGUGGCCACUCAGCUAUCAAUGAGGGACUUUGAUUUGUUUCGUAAUAUUGAGCCUACUGAAUACAUCGAUGACCUUUUUAAGUUAGAUUCCAAAACAGGAAAUACUCACUUGAAAGAGUUUGAGGACAUUGUUAACCAGGAGACAUUCUGGGUUGCUUCAGAGAUUUUAACUGAACCAAAUCAGCUCAAACGAAUGAAGAUUAUUAAGCAUUUUAUUAAAAUUGCACUUCAUUGUAGAGAAUGUAAGAACUUCAAUUCCAUGUUUGCAAUAAUAAGUGGCUUGAACCUGGCAUCUGUAGCACGACUCAGAGGUACUUGGGAAAAAUUACCAAGCAAGUAUGAGAAACACCUCCAGGAUCUACAAGACCUUUUUGAUCCAUCUAGAAACAUGGCAAAAUAUAGAAAUAUUCUUAGUAGUCAAAGCAUGCAGCCUCCAAUUAUUCCACUCUUCCCUGUUGUCAAGAAAGAUAUGACAUUUCUACAUGAAGGGAAUGACUCCAAAGUAGAUGGUUUAGUGAAUUUUGAGAAGCUAAGAAUGAUUGCCAAGGAAAUCCGUCAAGUUGUUCGAAUGACUUCUGCUAACAUGGACCCAGCUAUGAUGUUUCGACAGAGGAAGAAGAGGUGGCGGAGUCUGGGGUCAUUGAGUCAAGGCAGCACAAACUCUAACAUGCUAGAUGUUCAAGGAGGUGCUCACAAGAAAAGGGCACGCCGCAGCUCUCUGCUCAACGCCAAGAAGCUCUACGAGGAUGCCCAAAUGGCAAGAAAAGUGAAGCAGUAUCUUUCCAGUCUGGAUGUGGACACAGAUGAGGAAAAGUUUCAGAUGAUGUCAUUGCAGUGGGAGCCUGCCUAUGGUACCUUGACUAAGAAUUUCAAUGAGAAAAGAUCGGCCAAGUCCUCAGAAAUGUCUCCAGUGCCUAUGAGAUCAGCGGGCCAAACAGCUAAAGCACAUUUGCAUCAGCCUCACAGAGUGAGCCAGGCACUCCAAGUGCCAGCUGUUAAUUUGCACCCCAUCAGGAAGAAGGGACAAGCAAAAGACCCCGCCACAUUAUGUACAAAUUUACCUCAGAAAGUUUUAGGGACAACUGAAGAAAUAAUUGGUAAGAAACAUCCAGAAGAUACGAUCUCUGUGGCAUCAUCCUUACAUUCGAGUCCUCCUGCAUCUCCUCAAGGCUCUCCUCGCAAAGGUUGUACACUUAUGCCAUCAACUAAAUCUGACAACUUGUCUGACUCCAGCCAUAGUGAAAUUUCUUCACGAUCCAGCAUCGUGAGCAAUUGUUCUGUUGACUCCAUGUCUACAGCUCUACAGGAUGAACGGUGUUCUUCACAUGCUAUGGCGGUCCCUGAAUCCACUGGACCAUUGGAAAAAACAGAACACUCCUCAGGGAUAGGAGACCAUAGUCAGCUGGGCCCUGGGUGGACACUGUCAAAGCCAUCUCUAGUCAAGAGUUUAGCCGUGUCAUCUUCUAUGAGUAAUGAAGAGAUUUCUCAUGAACAUAUCAUUUUAGAAGCAGCCGAUAGUGGUCGUGGAAGCUGGACUUCCUGUUCAAGCAGCUCCCAUGACAACUUCCAAAGCCUUCCAAACCCAAAAGGCUGGGAUUUUUUGAACUCUUACCGACAGACCCAUUUGGAUGGCCCCAUUGUUGAAGUUGAACCCCCUGACUGUGAGCCCUAUUCCUGUCCUAAAGGCUGCUCCCGAACUUGUGGUCAAUGUAAAGGAAGCCUAGAGACUAAUCAGAUGAGACAGAGUUGGGCCUCCUCCAGUUCUCUGUCUGACACAUAUGAACCAAACUAUGGGACAGUUAAAAGGAGAGUGUUGGAGAGCACCCCACUUGAGUCCUCUGAAGGCUUGGACCCCAAGGAUGGCACUGACCCAGUUUAUAAAACUGUUACUUCAAGUACAGAAAAGGGCUUGAUUGUGUACUGUGUCACCUCACCCAAGAAGGAGGAUAGGUAUAGGGAGCCACCUCCCACUCCUCCAGGAUACAUGGGCAUUUCUUUAGCGGACCUAAAGGAAGGACCCCACCUACACCUAAGACCUCCAGAUUAUAGUGUGGCAGUGCAGAGGUCAAAGAUGAUGCAUAGCAGCCUCUCUAGACUUCCACCAGCUUCUCUCGGUAGCAGCCCCGUGGCCUGUGUUCCAUCGAAGAUUGUAACUCAGCCUCAGAGGCAUAUUUUGCAACCAUCCCAUCCUAAACUAGCAGAUGUGACUGACGCAGAUAGCGAAACAGAUGAAAAUGAACAGGUCUCAGCAGUCUAG